CAUUUAUCAGCUGUUUUAUUUAAUAAGAGCAUGAAAUCAUCCCGAACUGCGAAUUACUCAUUAUAUCUUACAUUUUUUAAAAGAAACUAUGGAACAAAAGAUGUAAACAAAUCUGGUAAAAAUAUUGUUUUGGUUGAUGCUGUUAGGACACCAUUUAUUCAAUCUGGCACACUAUAUAAAAAUGAAACUCAACAUACUUUGUCAAAAUAUGCUAUUAAUGGUUUAAUCAAUCGCACACAAGUACCCAAAGAAGCUAUUGAAUAUGUUGUUUUUGGUAAUGUGGUACAAGAUUGCAAAACUACCAAUGUUGCCAGAGAAUCAUCAUUGCUAGCCGGAUUGUCAGAUAGAAUUCCUGCUCACACUGUAAGUAUGGCAUGUAUAUCAGCCAAUCAAGCUAUUACAACUUGUAUAGGAUAUAUAAAUUCCGGCAUGUGUGACUCUGCUAUUGCCGGAGGGGUAGAAUUGCUCUCCGACGUUCCUAUACGUUUUAGCCGGGAAAUGAGGCAAAUCAUGCUCUCUUACCCCAAAGCUAAGAGCUUUGGUUCUAAAUUGGCCUUGUUUACUAGGAUUACACCUAAAUCGCUGAUUCCCGAAUUACCAGCCAUAGCGGAAUUCUCUACGAACGAAACGAUGGGCCACUCUGGCGAUAGAUUAGCGGCAGCCUUCGCGAUAUCAAGACAAGAACAAGACGCUUACGCGCUAAGGUCCAAUACGUUAGCGGAGAAGGCAUCGCAAGGCGGACUUUUAUCAGAUAUUAUUCCUUAUCCGGUCUUAGCUCAAAAAGAACCCAUCUACAAAGACAACGGCAUAAGAGUAAGCGAUUUGGAUAAGUUAUCGAAACUCAAACCAGCUUUUAUUAAACCCUACGGUUCAGUAACAGCGGGAAAUGCCUCAUUUUUAACGGACGGAGCCAGCGCGGGGCUUAUCAUGACCGAAGAGAGAGCUAAACAACUUGGGCUUAAACCCAAAGCCUACUUGAGGGAUUUCAUAUACGUUUCACAGGAUCCUAAAGAUCAACUAUUGCUUGGGCCCGCUUACGCGACUCCUAAAAUUUUGGAUAGAAAUGGACUGACUCUAAAAGACAUCGACGUUUUCGAAUAUCAUGAAGCCUUUGCCGGCCAAAUAUUAGCUACUUUGAAAGCUCUUGACUCUGACUGGUUCAAUCAAAAUUAUGCUAACCGUAAAGGAAAAGUCGGUGCUAUCCCAUUAGAAAAGUUAAACGCUUGGGGAGGCUCUCUCUCAAUUGGCCACCCAUUCGGUGCUACUGGAGUUAGACUCGUUGUUACAGCCGCUAACAGACUCAUAAAGGAGAACGGAAAAUUGGCUUUGGUUGCUGCUUGCGCCGCAGGGGGACAGGGUCAUGCUAUGAUCGUUGAACGAUACCCGUGACUUAAAGAAGAUGGAACAUAUUUUAAAGCGUUUUUUCAAUUUUAGAAAAUAUUUUACCUAUACUUUUAUUCCCUAUUGUUUAUAAAUUUAUACAUAUUUUCUUUUGUAUUCCUAAAAAAA